AUGCGCAGCCGCAACCCGCACUGGCGCGCUGCGAAGCGGCAGGAGGACGCGGCCGAGCUCUGGCGGCGGGUUGUGGACGCGGCUCAGAUUUGCUCGGUGCUGCGCGCCCGCGCCGCCUUGCUCGCCGCCUCACCAGAGCUCAUCGAUGAGGCGAGGAGCGGCCCACUCGGCCUGAUCACGCCCGUGAUCCGUGCGGCCGGCGCGCGCAAGACAAAGGCGGCCGCCGCGCCGCGGGAGCUUCUCGAGACUGUGCGGCUAGCGCUCGACAAGGGCUUCUCGGCCGACGCGCCGUGCCCGCAGGUGAUGGCGUGGGAGAUCUGGUCGCCGCCGCUGGUGACGGCCGCCUCGUACGGCUACGAGGACGUGUGCGAAGAGCUGCUGCGUCGCGGCGCGUCGCCCUCCUCGCGCAACUCGGACGGCGACACUGCGCUCCACGUGGCGGUCGAGCAGCCGCGCGUGCUGCGGCAGCUGUUGCGCGCCGCCGACUUCCGCGCGCUGGUGGGCGCCGAGAACAGGUGGCGGCUUACCCCACUGGUGAGCGCGCUGGUCGCCUCCCCCUUCAAGGCCAAGCACUGGGAGUGCGCGCUGCUCCUCGCGCCCCACGCGCUGCUGAGCGACCGCGACCUCGCCGUCCUCGCGGCGCGGAGACGCGUCCCUCGGCUGGCGAGCUUGGCGCACGCGCUGGCGGUCGCAAGCGGCCGGCGCGGGCUGCCCGCCGAUGCGAUGCACUGGCACCCGGCGUGGCACUGGUCCUUCCCGCCGCCCGACCGGCAGGCGGCCAGCCUGCUGCGCGCCCACAGCGCGCAAGGCAGCCCCCUGCCGCCCGAGCUGUGGCUGCACGUGCUCAGCUUCUGCCGCCGCGGCUGGUUCGCCGCGCCCGCGCGCGAGCAGUCGGACGCGGACGAGCCGCUCCUCGACAGGGCACGCGAGGCGGUCCGGCGGCGGGGAGCCGGCGCGCUUGCGGCGGCGGGGGCCGACGACGCGCGGUCGCUCGGGCUGCGGAGGAGGAUCGCGAGAUCGUGA